AGACCAUGCUUUGUAUACCAUUUAAGUGGUCACUAUCAUCCACAUUUUUUCAGUAUCCACGGGAAAGUGGGCUUGGAACUGGUCCCCUGCAGAUAGAUACAGGGGUCCUACUGUAUAUGUAGCACGCUGUUCUUAGCCUGAGAGAACAUUGCAAAGAGAGGAAAACAUGGUAUUUUGGGCCCAGAUUUCACUUCGGAGAAAGUCGUAGGAAAGAAAACAGAAGAUUGAAAUCUAGCUGGCUGCGAAGCAGUAGAAACAUUGGGAGAAAGUAUUCCAGCCUGCAGGGCAUUCAAGGGGAGAACUAUACCAAAGAUUAUGAACAAGGACAUUAUAGAUUCAUACCCCCGAAUGCUAGCACUUCAGGCGAUUCUGCUAGACAGAGGCUGAAGGGCCCCACAAGGUUUACAGCCAACUCCAGGAUGGUUGCUGUGAAGCCGGAGAAGCACACGAAGGAUGGUGAUCCUGGUGAGCUGGUGAUCCUGGAACAGUUUCUAACCCUUCUGCCCCACCCCCACCCCCCGGAGAUGGAGAACUGCUCAGGGAGCUGCAUCCAGGCUGUAGCCUGGGCUGAAGAUUUUCUGAUGAAACAGGGAAGAGUCAGGGAGCAGGAAAGGCUGUUGCCAGGACCAACAGGUGGUUCCCUUGAGACUCGGAAGGCUCCUUCAGACAACGGGAAAUAUCGCCCAACUCAGGGAGGUCCUGAAGAAGCAGACAGAGGCGGCAUUUCAGUGGGCAGCAAAACGGAAUCUGAGCGAUAUUUGGAAUCCUCUCUUCUUUCUUCCAGGUUGGAAAUGGGCGUCACGUCACCAGCCGAGAGCUUGGUGAUAUUUGAAGAGGUGGCCGUGCGGUUCACAGAGGAAGAAUGGGCCCUCCUGGAUCGAGGCCAGAGAGUUUUAUAUCGGGAGGUCAUGCUUGGCAACUAUGAGAUGGCCAUUUCUCUGAGAACUCUUCUCCUUCCCAAACCUGGGCUCAUCUCUUGGUUAGAAGAAGAGGAAAUGAGAGACCAGUUCACCCAGGAAGCCGUGAGAUGGGCCGGUGUUGCUUCCUGGGAAGAGGGACAGGAGAGGGAGAAGGAGCACCACGGGGAUGAAGUAGAAGAAGGAACUCAGAAGCAGGACAGGGAAGAAAGUUUCGCCAAGGACCGUGGGCUGAGGACGCAGGAUGGAAAAGAAAGAAUGAAAUGGAUGGAUGAGUUCCUUUCUUCUCGGGACCCUGAAUGUCACAAAAUCCCGUUCCAGAAGGCGAAAGGAAAAGGGAGGAGGAGGAACGAGUGCUCGUUGUGCGGGCGAACCUUCAGUCACAAAUCAAGCCUGGUGACCCAUCAGAGAAUCCACACCGGGGAGAAGCCCUAUAAAUGCGCAGAAUGCGGGAAGAGCUUCAACCGAAGGACUCGUCUCACUUCGCACCAGCGGCUGCACACCGGGGAGAAGCUGUACCCCUGCUCGAGCUGCGGCCGGAGCUUUUGCGAGAGGUCGAACCUGAAGGCCCACCAGAGGAUUCACACAGGAGAGAAGCCCUUUAAGUGCCUGAACUGUGGGAAAAGCUUCAGCCGUAGCUCAAACCUGACCGUGCACCAGAAGAUUCACACCAGACAGAAGCCCCGUAGCCACUCAAAAAGGAGCAAAGGUUUUUCCAUUCCAUCCGACCAGAAUUCACAGGAGACCGUUUACGCCGGCGCAGAUUUUUGCACUUUGUCAACCAUGAGGAAAAACAUCUGUGAUGACUCAAGUCUUCCCGGACAUCAGGAAAUCUGUUCCAGAGAAGGCAUGUAUAAAUGUGGGGAAAGCUUCGAGGAAAGCUCACAUUUUUUAAUUCAUCAAAAAAAGCAAGAGACGCCGGAAGAGGCCUCAUAUAAUUUUUGCAAUGAUGGUUUUUGUGAUCCCUCAAAGCUUAUGGCACAGGCAGGUAUCCACUCAGGAGAAAAAAAUUAUAAAUGCUUAGUCUGUGAGAAAAGCUUCACUCGGAACGGGAGUCUCCUGAUCCAUGAAAGGUACCACAGAGGAGAGAAACCAUACAAAUGCACAGAUUGCAGUGAGAGCUUUUGUGAUAAAUCCAGUCUGAUCAGGCAUCAGAGGAUCCACACGGGAGAGAAACUGUACAAAUGCUUCGUCUGCGGGAAGAGCUUCAAUCAGAGAACAAACCUUUUCACCCACCAGCGGAUUCACACAGGAGAGAAACCGUACAAGUGUUGCGAAUGUGAGAAAAGUUUUAAUCAGAGCUCACAUCUUAUCAGACAUCAGAGACUUCACACUGGAGAGAAACCAUAUAAAUGCUCAGAAUGUGGGAAAAGCUUCACUCAGAGCCCAAAUCUCAUUAGGCACUGGAAAAUCCACGCCAGAUAGAACAUAUAGCAAUACA